AUGGAUGGCAUGUCUGGAAUGUCGAUGAGCGGCAAGGUGAUGACAGACCCGGGCUGCUACGCUACCGACGACGCAUUCCUGCAGACACUUGCUUGGUGUGUCUUGACUCGUUGCAAGAACAUGCCCACCUGGAAGCUCGAGAAGUUCUGGCAAGAGAACGUGGCCGGCACAGAAGCCGUUCAGCCGGACCCGAAGGAGACAUACCAACAGGCGCUGGAGAAGAUCAGCGGUACUCCAACUGCUUUAUACAACGCCACUGGGUCUCUGAAUCAAACGAGCCUGGUAUCCGAAGACCUUUGGUUUGCGGCUUACAAUACCGAUACGAUCUUUGAAAAUCAAGAAAGCCAGCAGGAAGGAUUUGGUCUGAUUAUAUUCCUCUCAGGCGUUGUGAUCCCCAUCGCCGUCUCGUUCCUACGCUUUUUUCCCUUCCCGGCAGCUUGGUGCACCAAGUUCAACGCGUUGAUCAUCGACCCUCCUCUGUUCGGCCACCGUCAUGACACGCCAGUCUUCUUUGGGCUUGCCCUAAUGCCAAAGCGUGGACAGGCUCUCUUUAUAUUGUACUUCAUAGCCGUCAACACCGUACUCUUAGCAGUCAACUAUCAGUACGCCGACCCCAACACCUGGUAUCCUGGUGACGGCUGGCGUUGGAUGUGCAUGUUGAUAUCUAACCGUCUUGGACUGCUAAGUUUCGCCAAUCUACCGCUGGUAUUCCUAUACGCCGGCCGAAACAACCUCCUUCUUUGGGUUACAGACUGGUCCCACUCAACGUUUCUGUUGGUGCACCGAUGGAUAGCAGCCAUAGCAACCCUGCAGGCUAUCCUGCAUAGUAUCAUCUACCUGGAUGUUUAUAUCAAGAACGGCACACACGCCACCGAGUCCCGAGAACCAUACUGGUACUGGGGUAUCAUUGCGACGUUGGGUCUGGUCAUCAUGUUUCCGUCUUCUGUUAUACCCAUCCGCAGGAAGAUCUAUGAGGCGUUCCUCGCAUGGCAUAUUGCCGUGGCUAUUCUGAUCAUCGCGGGAUGUUACUGGCACAUUGUCUUCGAGUUCAAACACCAAUGGGGUUACGAGGUAUGGAUUAUCGUGUGCAUGGCGAUCUGGGCUUUCGACCGCGUAUUUCGAGUCCUGAGACUUCUGCGCCACGGCAUCAAGAAAGCUGAUAUCACGGCCAUCGACUCAGAGUAUGUUCGCAUAAUUGUCCCGGGUGUCUCCGCAUCUGGCGUUGCAUACCUAUACUUCCCAACUCUCACUUGGCGCGUAUGGGAGAACCACCCUUUCUCGAUUGCCUCCGGCAUCUUGUCCUCAACUCGCUCUCGAAUUGAAGUCUCCCAGCAGAUUGACGGCGACAUCGAAAAGAUCUCCGGCAGCAGCAUCCAGGCCGCUGAUAAGAGGUCUACGGUCAGUCACCGUCCCGUCAGCUCGUCGCAGACAUCAGACAAGCCACCCGAGAUGGGAAUCACAUUCUACAUUCGGACUCAAACAGGGUUAUCCUCACGUUUAAGCACUCGCAGCACAAUCCCUGUGCUUGUCGAGUCUGGAUACCCAUCUCACACGCCUCUGUUUGAAUCACCGCACAAAGCCCCAACGCUGGUUGCAAUCGCUGGUGGGGUGGGAGUAACUGCUCUUCUGCCUAGUUUAGCCGGUCACCCUGGCCGCUCCAAGCUGUUUUGGGGAUGUCGAUCUCAGGCAUUGGUGGAUGAUGUAGAAGUCUCAGGCUCGCUGUGGAGGGUUGAGAAGGAGGUCUUCAUCGGGAAGAGGAUGAAUGUGAGAGACGUGCUUGAGAGCGAGCUAAAUGCCACGAGCGAAGUUUGCGUGAUGGUUUGCGGGCCGGAAGGAUUGAGCGACGAAGUUAGAACUGUCUUUUCGAGGAUUGUGCGCAAGGGGAAUGGAGUCAAAGCAAGGCUCAUCGUGGAGUCUUUUAGUUGGUAA